GAUAAGGCACCAAAAAGAUUGCUGCUCCACGGGUCGUACGCACGCACGCAACGCAAGAUGGGCGCCGUGGACGACGCCGGCGGCGGGGGCGAGGUGGACGUGUUCGACGCCGGCCGGUGCGCCGACGGGUACGCGCUAGGGCUCGCCGUGGGGCGGCGGUUCGGCGAGGCCAUCCGGAGCAGGAUGCGCCGCGACGCCAUGCUGUGGCGGCAGCUGCUCCCGUUCGCGGCGACGGCGCCGGGGCGGCCGCUCGUCGACGCGCUCCGGGACGCCAACCACACGAGGAAGGAGAUCCUGCCGUUCAUCACCAAUGAGGAUCACCACCACGACGAGGAAGAAGCCGACGACGACUGCUCGGACGUGCUGCUCGUCAGCGAGUCGACGGCGAUCGCCGGACACAAAGAGGACGCCAACGUCGCGCUGCUCGGCCACACGUACGUGGUGAAGGCCACGUCGCCGGACGGCUCGUCGUCGUUCACCGCCUACACCUACGCCGGCGAGCUCCCGACCUGCGCCUUCGGCUUCAACAGCAAUGGCGUGGUGGGGUGUCAGUGUCACUCUGGAACUUCCAUUUCCAACCGUUUCCAAGUUCUGACAGGUCUUGUCAGGCAUUCACUCUCGACUCUGUCCCGCCGGCGCGCGGCGAGGUCGUCGCCGGCGCCAUCGCCCGGAACUUCGUGUCGCGCGACCUCCUCGAAGCGACGAGCCUCGACGACGCCGUCUCAUCGGUGUAGUAGCUUCUACGGAUCGAUCAGCAGCGUGUGCGCGUUUCUGGAGCAGAGGGUGAGCUCGCCGGACAUGUCGGUCGGCCACAGCUACAACCUGAUGGACGUCCGGCGGCGGCGGAUCGUCAACGUCGAGACCGCCUCCGGCCGCCGCUUCUCCGUGCGCGAGGCCGGCGCGGCGCCCUUCUUCCACGCCAACAUGUACCGCCAUCUCCAGGUGAAGCAGGUUCACGACGAGAACUCCAUGGCCAGGGAGAGGAGAGCGGCGGAGUUGUCGCCGGACUCCAAGGAGAAGGCGCUCUCGCUGCUCGGCGACACGGCGGACGGCAAGUACCCGAUCUACAUGACCGGCCCAACGCUGUACACCCUAUGCACCGUCUUGGUUGAUCUCGACGAGGAGACGAUGACCAUCUACAAGGGGAACCCGAUGAACAGAGACGCAGUUCGAGUGUUCCGUAUGCUGUGAAAACUAGCAAAAAAGAUGAGCUUGUUAGUUCUUGAAGCAAGAGAAUUGGCAAAGCGUACCCGAUUCCUAUUUGUAAGUUGUAACCCAAAGAUGGGUUCAUUUCAUAGCUUCAGAUUUUGUACACUCUAGGUUCCAUU